GAGCCACCAAGUCCGAAGGCGCCACAGUUCUCCUCGUCGCGCUCCUCUUCCUGCCGCCAUGUCCACCGCCGCACGCCGACGACUGAUGCGCGACUUCCGCAAGCUGCAGAACGACCCGCCCUCGGGCGUGUCGGGCGCCCCCAUGGACAACAACAUCAUGCUCUGGCAGGCCGUCAUCUUCGGACCGGACGACACUCCCUGGGAAGGCGGCACCUUCAACCUGACGCUCGAGUUCAGCGAGGACUACCCGAACAAGGCGCCGACCGUCAAGUUCAUCACUAAAAUGUUCCACCCCAACAUCUACAACGACGGCCAGAUCUGCCUGGACAUUCUGCAGAACCAGUGGUCGCCGAUCUACGACAUCUCGGCUAUCCUCACGUCCAUCCAGUCGCUGCUGUGCGAUCCCAACCCGAACUCGCCGGCCAACUCGGAGGCCGCACGCCUCUUCCAGGAGAACCGGCGGGAGUACAACCGUCGCGUGCGCGAGAUCGUCGAGCAGAGCUGGCAGGCGAUCGCAUAAAAAAAACUCGCUCGUCGGACGCGCCGUGCCGCGGCGUUGUAGUGCACUGUUGCAAGGAGCUAUCUCUUGCGCUGUGAUGCGGGGCCUGGUGCAGGAAUAGGCCGGUGCUAUGCUAUGCCUCUCGUUUCUUUUGAUCCCGCUCCAAGCCGGCAUGACCCAGGGCAACUUUUGCAUCGUGCGUGACUGACUGGAAGAAUGCCACGAAGCGCGGCCUGCAGACCACGAGCGAUGAUGACGAUGAUGAUGAGAGGGGGUAACAGGACAAAGCUGGGGGCAGUGCAUAUAUACGAGGGAAGGACAGCCGUGAUGAGAUCUAGGUCGGGAAUAGGCAGGUGCAUGAAACGAAAGGAGAAGAAAGAAAGAAAGAAAGAAAGAAAGAAAGAAGAGAACAAUACUCUCUGACU